CUUUAAUGGGAUGCGCAAACGUCAGCAAAGAAGUACUCAUCAACAAACAGAAGCGAAUUUUCAAUUUCUAAAUCUGAUCAAUGUUAUAAGUCAAUAAUUGUGCAAAAUUGAAAAAAACCUAACACUACAGAUGAGAAAUGCUUUAGCGUGAAUUACCGGAAAACAAAAUGAAUUUAGGUGGAUCUAUACGGAUUAAUAAGUUUGGUGUUUUUAUUAUAACAUUGAUCCUGCUAGUAUUUGGAUAUUAUCUUUCAACCGGGAGAUCUAGAAGCACUAAUUAUGCAGUGAAUAAGGAUCCCAAUAAAGUAAAUUUAAGAAAGCUUCUCAUCGGAUCGAUUCAAGCAGCUCAACAUGGUGGCAUUAAAGUGGUGGAAGUUUCUGAGAGCCCUGAUAUCAAUAUCCACAGUAAGGGUAAAACAAAGGAAGGUGUCAACGAUCCGGUAACUGAUGCCGAUUUUCGCUCCCACUGUGUCAUGAUGAAUGGUUUACAUCGAAUAUUCCCAAAACUGAAUAUAAUUUCCGAAGAAGAUGCAACUAAAAGGAACUGUCCUGACGAGAAGCUGUUUGAUUUAGAUCCAACCGUCAUGCAGGAGAAUUCAAAUGUUCCCGACGAAACAAUUGACAUUGAAGAUGUGACUGUGUGGAUCGAUCCAUUGGACGCCACCCAAGAAUAUACAGAAAAACUGUUUCAAUACGUGACAACAAUGGUUUGUGUUGCGAUAAAAGGCGUUCCAACAAUAGGAGUUAUACAUAAUCCAUUUACGAAAAUUACAACCUGGGCAUGGGUACAUAAAGCUGUAUCUGAGUCACUGAAUAAUUUAAAAAAGGAUGACGAUGUUAAGAAUCCAAUAGUGAUUGUAUCGAGAUCUCACACAGGGGAUGUGAAAAAUAUAGCAAAGGAUGUAUUUGGCGUAAGUUCGCGCAUUAUACCGGCAGGUGGUGCAGGUUACAAGGUUCUACAGGUUAUCCACAAUAAUGCCACUGGAUACAUCCACUCGACUGCGAUAAAAAAAUGGGACAUCUGUGCUGGGAAUGCGAUACUCAAUUCUGUAGGUGGCAAAAUGACUGAUUUAAGAAAUCAAGAAAUAUUAUAUGGCGACAAGGAAUACUUCGUGAAUAAACAUGGUCUUUUGGCAACAGCCACUGAAACGACGCAUGAGUUGUACAUCACAAAAAUUAUAGAACAAAAAUUAUUGAUUUGAACAUGGAACAUCAAUAAAGUUGUACGAUUUUCAUAAUUUUG